UGGGCGCGAAAAAUUCAUGAGUAGUAAAUGUCAAAAAUUUGAACCACUGCUGAAAGUUUUGUUUACUAAUUUACAUUCGAGAUGGGUAUUCAGGGUUUAGCUAAGUUAAUUGCUGAUCAAGCUCCUUCAGCGGUGAAAGAAAAUGAAAUUAAGAAUUAUUUUGGACGUAAAAUAGCCAUUGAUGCAUCAAUGUGUAUUUAUCAGUUUUUAAUCGCAGUGCGUCAAGAAGCAAAUAUGUUGACUAAUAGUGAAGGAGAAACGACAAGUCAUGUAGUCGGCUUGUUUUAUCGAACCAUUCGAAUGAUUGAUAAUGGUAUCAAGCCUGUAUUUGUCUUUGAUGGUAAGCCACCACAGAUGAAAUCUUCUGAAUUAGACAAACGUCAACAGCGGCGUGAGGAAGCUCAAAAGAACUUGGAGAAAGCUGAAGAGCAAGGUGAUGUAGAAGAUGUCAAUAAAUUUACUAGAAGACUGGUAAAAGUGACCAAACAGCAUAAUGAAGAUUGCAAGCAACUCUUAAAACUUAUGGGUGUACCAUAUGUAGAGGCUCCAUGUGAAGCAGAAGCUCAGUGUGCUGCAUUAGUAAAAGCUGGAAAAGUAUAUGCUACUGCUACUGAAGAUAUGGACGCACUAACAUUUGGAUCAAAUGUUCUCCUGAGGCACAUGACAUUCAGUGAAGCUAGGAAAAUGCCUAUUAAAGAAUUUUACUUGAAUCAAGUGCUAGAAGAUCUCGGGCUAGGUCAAGAAGAGUUCAUCGACCUGUGCAUUCUUCUUGGCUGUGAUUAUUGUGAAAGUAUUAAAGGAGUUGGCCCAAAGAAAGCCUUUGAACUUGUCAAAGCACAUAAAAAACUUGAAACCAUUAUCGAAAAGCUUGAUAAAAGAUAUAAAGUUCCUGAUGGGUGGAUGUAUAAAGAAGCAAGAGAAUUGUUCAAGGCCCCUGAAGUUGCUGAAUGUGAAAAAAUAGAGUUGAAGUGGACUGAACCUGAUGAAGAGGGUCUGUUGAAGUUUCUAUGUGAAACAAAAGGUUUUAGUGAAGACAGAGUUAAAAAUGGAGUGAAGAAACUUCUAAAAGCAAGACAAGGGAGUACUCAAGGAAGAUUAGACUCAUUCUUCACAGUCAUACCUAAAACCAACCCAGUUAAAAGAAAGGCUGAAGAAGCUGGCAAUGCCAAGAAGAAGAAAGCUGGUGGAAAGGGCCAAUAUAAACGGGGAAAAUGAUCUCAUUUUAUCAAAUUAUUUUAAUUAUUCACAUAUUUCAUUAAAAAACAUAGUGCUUCGUGUCUGUGAAACAUACAUGAUAUUUUUGUACAUUUGGUUAAACUCUUCAAAAUAAACUUUUGUGUUGUAACCUUAUUGUUUUUCAUUCUCAUAUUUUAGCGAUUUUCUCAUUCAGUUGGAGAAAAGCUUAUAGUGUUUGCUUCUGCUUAUAUCUUAAUAU